ACAAUUCAACUUUUUCAACUGCAUACGAUAAACCGGUUUGAAGGAAUACUAUCGAGCAUUGUUUGUCAUAACUGGGGACAGCACAUCAAGAUGUUUUCACGACCUCUAUUCUCGGCGACGCUGCGACAAGCCGCUCGUCCUUUAGCUCGGCCGGCCGCAUAUAACCUCAGACCUGCACCAUUCUUAACAUCCUUCCAACAACGACUACUAUCUGACCAGACGAAACAAGCGAUCGAGAAAGCCGUCGCAUCCGCUCCCGUAGUCUUGUUCAUGAAGGGGACACCCGAGACACCCCAAUGCGGUUUCUCCCGCGCCAGUAUCCAGAUUCUUGGUUUACAAGGCGUUGACCCUAACAAGUUCGCUGCCUUCAACGUUCUAGAAGACUCAGAUCUCAGAUCAGGUAUCAAAGAAUUCUCCGACUGGCCUACGAUUCCGCAACUAUAUAUCGAUAAGGAAUUUGUCGGUGGAUGCGAUAUCCUCGUUUCCAUGCAUCAAGAUGGCUCGCUAGCCAAGAUGUUAGAAGAGAAGGGCGUCCUAGCUCCAAUAGAAGGGGCGUCCGAUUCUAAGGAAUGAAGAUUUCGAAAGACAAGAACAGUAGAAUAGAUCAUCGGAUAACCAGACAUGGCGUGCACAACCUGGUUGUAUAUUCAGAUAUUGAGCAUAUGUACUUUAUGGACGAGUACUUGGCCGGAUCAGCUAAUGAAGUCGAACAUGAUAUAAUGACCAAGUCAUGCAUGGGACGUAAGGGACAUACAUACACGUGUGGCUAUAUGAGAAGACGACGCAUAGAAUCUUACAACACA